UGUUGACAUUGAGAUGCCUACAAGAUAUAGAGUUUAAAAUGUCAAAUAGGUAUUUUAUUAUGUGAGAUUAUAGCCCUUGUUGAGAGAUGAGGGCUAGAAAUAUAGAUGUGGGCAUGAUCUCCAUGGACAAAAUUAAAUCUAUGGGAGCUAGUUAUGUCAAUUAUUCAGAAUAAGGAACAAUAGAAGUCCUGAGGAAGAACCUUUGAGUAUAACCAGUUAGGUAUCCUUGUAUAGAUGAUGGCUCCGGAAGGGAGACUAAGAAGGGUUGGCUAGUUGGAGAGCAGUGUCAAAAAAUUGCUAAAAUUAUAGCCAUUUUAUUCCUGUAUCCCUUAAAGGACAGUUACAUAGAAGAAUGACUAUCCAAGAAGCUAAGGAUGCCUCCAGCGUUAAUUGCUGCAGAUAGGUCGAGAAGGAUUAGGAUUGAGAAAAGUCUAUCUGAUUUGGAAGUUAAGAGGCCAUUGGUAAUUUUGGAGAGAAUAGUUUUAAUUUAGUAAUAAGAUCAGAAAGCAAGAAAGAUGUUGAGAGGUGAGCUAAUCGAGGAAGUAGAGGCAGAGAUUGUAAAUAGUUUUUUCUUCAUAUUUCCUGGCAAUCACCUGGAAAUCCCAAUCUUGGUCUCCAUCUCAAUCUGUUCUUUACUUCCCAUCUCUACUUUUUCCUCCUGCAUUCAGCAUGUAGCAGCAAUUUCAAAAUAAAACUGGUCGUCAGGUCUUUAGGUUUUUGCUCAGUUCUUCAUGAUCUUCGGGAUUGCAUCGUGGGUUUCUUCUGGAGACAUCCUGUGCCCCCAUAGGAUCGGGAGGAGUGGAUGGUGGUUUUCAGACACAUCCCCAUCAGAGUCUCCACUUUUGCAGCUGGUUUCGCUGCAGAAGGCAGAUGGUUCCUGGGAACUGGAUGAAGCUCUGGCCUCAGUCCUGGGGAUGAGUGUUCAGAGUGCAUUGGCUGCAUUGCCUGAUCAGAGUAAAGAUGUCCCAAGGUGGGCCACCAUCUUAGCUGUGCUGUGGAUGCACAGCUCCAGUUGUGACCAGAGAGAAGAAUGGGAACUCCUGGAAAGGAAGGCUGUGGCAUGGAUACAGGCUCGAUCUGAUCCUUCCCUGGGUGAAUGCAUCAAAGCUGCCAAUGCUCUCCUGAAAUCAUCUGUGGAUCCUGCUGUCUUUGGCCUGUGAGAGAAGAAAUGGAAGUGUUUAUCUCUGGCUGCCGCUCCUUACCCUCUGUGCUGCUAAAACCUGUUGCUGUGCCUUCCUUCCUGGUUAUGCUCAUUCCCCAUAGGGACUGGUCAGUCAGAUUCCAUGUGGAUCAGUUCAAGUAAUUUUUAAGGGCUCUACUAUGUGUUGGGCAUGUGCUAGGAGCUAAUGCAAAGAAGACAAAAAUGAUACUCAGGGGAAAGCAGCAAGUACACAAAUUAGUAAAUUCCAAAAUAUGCACAAAAUAAAUAAAAAUAAUUUUGGGGGGAGGGUAGAAAGGAGGAAGAAUCAAGAAAGAACUCUUCCUUUCAGUUCCACAAACACUUUUAUACUAGAUCAUUCUUUGUGGUUACCAGAAUCUCUGUCACUGCAUAAAAUCCAUGAAGUGCAGGGCUGGGGAAGGCAGAUAUUACUCUAGCUUUUUCCCUUCCCUCCUUUAGACUAUCUCAAGGCAUAUGAAUGAAGAAUGAUUCCCCCUGUUUUAUUAAUGAGUAAACAGAGGGAGGGAAGUGCCUAGUUUGAAGUGUCUUUUUGUCUGUGUGCAGGUAGGGAUUUCACUUUUGAGGAGAGCUAAAAUUUAGAUAAUGGUAGGACAUGCAUCUUUCAUGACAUAUGUUAUUGUAUAACAGAACUAGAUUUAUUAUUGUUAGGUGACUUAAAAAAAAUUCUUGUAGCACUUUAUCUUGCACACUACCUGGCCAAAGCUGGUGAGCAGGUAAGGACUCCAACAAAGAAAGGGAUUCCCACUCGAGGUGGAAGGCAAGCAUGAGGUUUAACCUAACUCUAUGCCUGGAGGAUGGGCUUGGAAAGAGAUACCUAAACUGCACUGGACCAUUCUGAUUCUGUCUGUGUGGCCGUUAUAUCCUCCAGUUCUAUAAGCAUGAUGAGCUCCUCAUGCCACCUAUGGCAGCUGUUGGAGACAUAGAGACUAAUCUUUGGUCAUGGAGGUGGAAUUCUAUGACUAUUGGCCAUGAGCCCUUGGCUUUUAGGCUCUAUUCUCUGCUCAACAACAAUAGUAGUGGAGAGAUGUGGAUUAGAAAUAAAUAUCUCUGUCUCUGAGAUGAAGGAAAAGGCCUUCUCUGUAUGUUACAGUCUUGUAUCCUCACUUGCUUUGUCAUGUGUACUUAAGCUUUUCAGAAACCUGUUAUUGCCUGCCAAUAUUCAACUACCAAGAAUAAAAGGACUUACUUUUAGUUA